AGUGGGGAAAAUCGUAUCCCAAAGUGGGCCGGUUUUUUCACUUAGCAAGAACAUAUCAUCUCCGGGAAGUUUUUCUUGGCUAGCUUCCGUUUUUUAAUUUUUUUUGUUUUUUUUUGGAGGUACCACUGUGCCUAGAGGAUCCACAGCUGCUAUUUUACUUCAAUCGGAUCCUUUCAUGGGACUGCUGCUGCUCGUCCUUGCUACUUAAACAGUGCUAAAGUUCUCCGGUGGUGAAGUGUAACAAUGGACUUUCUCAUCGGGAGACUGGUGUUAGCGCUGGCGAUGGUGGCCGUGCUUGUCUCUGCCGAUGAUGAUGUUGAUGCUGGACCGGUAUACAUCGUCAGGAUGAAGGGACAUCCGAUUGCCGCUAUGAUCGACAAGCCUGUCUAUGCCAUUAAUGAGGAAGAUGAUCAUGAAACGAGAGAUUUCGUGGAGAUGCAUACGGCAAGCUUGAGACGGAACCACGAUGCGUUUCUGGAAAGCUUGCUCGAAGAAGGGAGCUACGAGAAGCUGUACAGCUAUACGUACCUUAUGAAUGGUUUCGCUGUGAAGCUCAGGGAUGAAGUUCAUGUUGAUUCUAUCAGAGCUCAUCCGGAUGUUCUAUCGCUGGAACACGAGGUGCAUUUCCGAAAGACAACGACUUACACACCGUUUUUCUUGGGCCUGGAUCCAAGAGCUUGGAAGAACGUCGGGACAUUUGCAAAGGCCGGGGAAGAUAUCGUCAUUGGAGUUCUGGAUACUGGGAUCGAUCCACGCCACCCCAGCUUUGCAAACACCACCUCAAGGCCUUACUCGUUCAAUCGACACUGGGAGAAGGUGUGCGCUGCGUCCCCGACAUUUCCCAAAGGUUCCUGCAACGGGAAGAUCAUUGGCGCUCGUCACUUCUCCAAAGGCAUUGUAGCUGCGAACGCGUUCAAUGCGAGCAAUGACUACGAUUCCCCGCUCGAUGGUGAUGGUCACGGGAGCCAUACCAGCUCUGUUUGUGCCGGCAACAAUGGUGUUUACGUGAGUGUGGACAAGUAUAUCUAUGGGAGAGCAAGCGGAAUGGCUCCUCGCGCACGGAUUGCGGUGUACAAAGUCAUUUACAGAGAUGGUGGCUACUUGUCUGAUGUUCUUGCGGGGAUUGAUCAGGCCGUUCAAGAUGGAGUUCAUGUGCUGAGUAUCUCUCUCGGUGCCACUAGUGGAGCCUACGGUGUUCCGUUCCUCAACUCCUUCGACAUUAUGAUGCUCCUCGCGUUCAAGGCGAACGUUUUCAUCGUCCAUGCUGCUGGGAACAACGGUCCUGCCGCCUUCAGUAUGAACUCGUUCGGGCCGUGGGUGUUGUCGGUCGCAGCUGGUAUGACAGAUCGAACGUACUCGACUCCGAUAAUUCUCGGCAACGGGCAAUGGGUGUAUGGAACUGGUCUAACAGCUGGAACCAGCGCUCGCAAGUUGUAUCCUUUGAUUUAUUCCCAGGAUGCGUACAUCGCCGGGGUGACGUCCUUCGACCAGGAGUUUUACUCUUACUGCUCCGACCCCUCGCCUUUCAACAAGACUCUCGUCAGCGGGAAGAUUCUCAUUUGCAACUUUGUCGACUACUUUUCUGGUGGUGCCGUCACACAAAUCGAAGGCGCUCUCGCAACUGCCAUUGCCACGGGAGCUGCUGGCCUCCUCAUUGUCUUCCCAACAUCCGCCGAGAAAACGCCAACCAAAGACACGGUCUUUGAUCCAAUUCCUUUCACGAUACCCGCGAGCUUUGUGGUGGAUCCAAACGCGUCAGCGCUCAUACUACAACACUACAACGAGAAGACUGUGAAAGACAGCAAGGGGCAAGUGUUGAGGUUCGAUGCACAAGCCAGGAUCGAGGACUCGAGACACCCCUUGUAUCCAUUGGAAGCACCGAGAGUGGCCUCGUAUUCUUCCAGAGGCCCGGUCUACGCUGACACGGUUACGUCCCUGGUAGCAGACGUGAUGAAACCAGACGUCCUCGCACCUGGAAACCAGAUAUGGGGUGCAUGGACACCCAAAGGAACCGACGCAAACUCUUUCACAGGUCGCAACUUUGCCAUGCUUUCCGGGACGAGCAUGGCCACUCCGCACGUCGCCGGAAUCGCCGCGCUCUUGAUCCAAAAGUACCCGAGGUGGCGCGCCUCAACCAUCCGCUCGGCGAUCAUGACCACCGCGGACAACUUCGACAACCGCGACCGCUGGACGCGAGCCGAGCAGCCGUACUCCAACUCGUCCCAGGCGAUCGGCCGGGCCUGCCCCUUCGACAUUGGCAGCGGUGCUAUCAACGCCACCGCAGCGCUCGAUCCAGGCCUCGUCUUCGACGUUGGAUUCCAGGAUUACGUGGACUUCCUGUGCGAGAUCCCGGGGGCCGACCAAAACUCGGUGGAGUACUCGACGGGGGCUCAUUGCGGGCCUGAAAACAAGAACCCCUCGGACCUCAACAUGCCGUACAUCACGGUGGCGAACUUGAUAGGCAGCCGGGUGGUGCAGCGAACCGUGGUAAACUUGGGCGGCGAGGAAACUUACAACGUCACGGUGAGGCAUCCAGCGGGGGUGGACGUGUCGGUGAAGCCGCGGGUUUUCAAGGCCAGGACUGGGAAGCCAGUGGUCAUCAACGUGACGCUCACCGCGACGCAGACCAACCAACAGUUCACCUUCGGGUAUAUGAUCUGGGACGGCGACAAGGGUCAUUCCGUACGCGUUCCCCUCGUUGUCUCGGCGAACUCUAUGAGCGGGUAAACAAAGUUCUUUGCUCUCUCUCUCUCCUCUCUCUCUCUCUCUCAUAUUUUUUCUACAAAGAUGAUGGCUCUCUCUUCCAUUUUGAAUCUCUCUUGAUCUCUCUUCUACAAAGACCAUUUUGAUCAUCUUUCUCUCUAAGGCCAUCUCUCUCUCUCUCAUAUUUUUUCUACAAAGAUGAUGGCUCUCUUCCAUUUUGAAUCUCUCUUUCUCUCUAAGGCCAUCUCUCUCUCUCUCUCUCUCCGUUUUUUUCUUUUCUUUGAUUGGAAACAGGGACCAUUUUGAUCAUGGCACCGCCGCAAACUAAGAUUGAGAUUUUCCUCUUGUAAAUAAAAGAGACUCUCUCUGGAACUCUUUUUCCUUUUCCUCGUUAAACAUUGGAGAGAAUCACGCCAGCUGUUGCUUCCAUGUCUCCGUAAUGCCCAGCAAAGAAAAAAAAGGGUUUUUCCUCCUCCCCGCGGCAAUGAAUCGGCCCCAAGGCCGCCGUACAAGACAUGCCCUUUUAGCAGAUGGAAACACCGCCAGUGUUGAGAUCGAAUCGCAAUCGGAUCUUCACUCAUUCAUUCCUUGCGCUAUGCCGUCCCCUGUACGGACUGCCCCCCGGCACGUUCGUACCGGAGAUUUCUCGCAACCAAGUUUAGAGACAAGCCAUCGUGCCAGUGUUACAAAUCCAUCUGGCCAGUGUUACAAUCCAUCCAGCAGAUGUUACAAACCAAUGUUAUAUGCGCUAAAACAUUACACUUUAUCACGUUGUUCGCGUCAAAAAAGAAAAA